GUGUGUGCGUGUGUGUGUGUUCUGAAAUCUACUGACUCAGUGCCUUUUGCUCUAAAGAAAACGUUCAUCCACACAUCAAAAGGUGUGUUGAAGAACACAAAGCCCACGUGCUCUUAUCAUACUUUGGAUCUUCACACAGUGCUAACAACAUGACAGGUGUCAAAAAAAACACAUCAGACACUGAUCAGUGCAUUGAUAAGUGGGGCGGGGGAAUUUUACGGAGAAACAUUUACAGUUAAUGUUUCCCUUUUUCUGUUUUUCUACAAUGGAGCCUGACUCAUUCGCUGCUCUUUAUUAGUGCUGUACAUGCACAAAGGUGUUAGAUAAAAAUGAUUCCUGUUUCUUUUCCUUUGAUAGAUAUAUAUAUAUAUAUAUAUGCAUUAAUCCUUUGAAACACAUAGGUCUGACCCAUUUGAAUAUGACUAUAGAGUAUUGAUGUAUUACUGUACACUAGCAUAUUGUGUAUUAGUUCUUCAAAAUGUGGGUGUUGGUACUUUUUCUAUAUUAGGAUCUUAUAGGGUUACGAAGUGUGAAAAUGGUCCUUCCUGUGUGUGUGUGUGUGUAAAUGUGUGUCUGUCUAUGUGUACGUGUGUGUGUGUGUGUGUGUGUGAGAGAGAGAGAGAGAGAGCGAAGAAGAAGAAGAAGAAGAAGAAGAAGAAGGAGGCAACAGAGCGCUUGCUUAUGGGAUUCAUCUGGUCAACAUGGACCAUUUCUACUGCUUCAGCAGAACACAGAUGAAAAGAUGUACUGACAGUGAGCUGUCGUGAAAGUGUUCUGCACAUGCAGAAACAUAACCUCAUGUGAAACACAGUGUGACGUCCCUGAAGGAGCGCACGGUUUCAGCUGCUUUGGACAACGGUCUCCAAAUAGCAUUAUAAAGUACCAGUGCGUAUGGAGUUCUGGACAAUACGAUAAAUAUGUUCUCUGCAUAAAUCAGAGGAGAUAUCAGUCAAAGACUAACCCCUUUACUCUAAUAACGGAGAAACCCAUGACAGCGUUUGCCAUGGUGCUGAGCGACGAUCGGAAAAGAUGCACCAUCGCAAACUUCAGCAGCCAUCCAUUACAAAUAAUACAAUGUGGUCCACCUAUCAAUGUGACUUUCAGCAGAAGUUCUGGUCAUUUGAAUGUUAUGUCUGAGUGGGAAGACAGUAAUGUGAAACAGUAUCGUUUGAAGUACAGGGAACUCAACGGGGAUCACAACAACACUGCGUGGAAAGAGGUGAAGUCCCAGAACAGCAGACACAGCACCGUGGAAGACACUCUCUCUUCUCAAUCCUAUGAGAUGCAAAUACAGUGUGAUGUAACUGCUAUGUGUCCUCUUUGUCCCUUGAGUGAGAUCAUCAGAGUCCCACAAGAAUUCGUAGAUGCACCCGUCAUAAAAGAAACUCAUUCCUAUCCGGUCCAACCUGGACAGAGAAAAAUAACCGUGACGUGGGAGUAUGUGCUCAGUCAGGCAGUCGAAAACUACAAUGUGACAGUCCAGAAGACAUGUGGGGAACCUGCUAAAGCAGGCAGUUAUUCCCUCAAAGCACAAACCGUCACUUUGUUUCUGAGCUAUUCUGCCUACAAACUCAGCAUCAGUGCCGUAAACAAAGCCGGAUCAUCGCCUGCUGCACACUUGCUCAUAGACGCCGUGGAGGAUCAUAGCGAUUUGGACAGAGCAUUUAAAGUUAAUCUGAUGGGUAAUAACAGCUUCCGUCUUUUGUGGAAUGACACGCUGUCCAAGAAAUAUCCUUGCUAUUCUGUAGAGUGGUGGGCGAGCGAUGAGGAAUUAGCUUGUACAACCGUCUACACGAAGGAAAACAACCAUACUGUCAGAAAUCUCAACGUUGCACUUCAGCCCUAUAAGAGAUACCACUUCUUCCUGCAUGUCAGGCAUGAAAAAGAGACCUGCGACCUGAAGAAUGUAAAUAACAGCGAUCUGACGUACGGAAGAACUCAGGUCUACCUCGCUGAAGGAACUCCACUCGCUGCUCCUGGGAAUGUGAGCAGCUCUAACAUUACCCAGAGUUCCUUUGUGACUACAUGGAGCCCGGUGCCUGAAGAGGACGUGCGUGGCUUUCUACAAGGUUACAUCAUCCGCUACACACAAGACAACAGCAAAAAAAAUAUCACCGUGCAACCUAGCGUGAACAGCUACAAGUUGCUGAAUCUGCAAAGUGGAAGUAUCUACUGUGUGCAGCUGUCCGCAUACACGUCUGCAGGGGAGGGAAAGCGGAGUGAACUGAAGUGCUUUGACACGUUGGACUCGGUUUGGUCUAUUGGUGGAAUGAUGGCAGGAGUCGUUGCAGGCCUAAUUGCUCUGCUACUUGCCACUCAUCUCUGCUUUCGGCUUUUGAAAAGAUCCAAGAAACUCCUAUGGCCAAGUAUACCCAACCCAUGCAACAGUAAUGCUGUACAGAAAAUUGAAGGCGGUCAGGAACUGGAGGUGAUGGAGCUUCUUUGUAGGCCGAACCUCGAGGAGACGGAAGAACACGUGUCAGUGUUGAAAGUCAAAAAGGAGACACAUUCUGCCUGUAACGUCUCUCAGGACUGGACCAAGGCCACCCUUAUGCCUAAUACGGCACCUCCCCCAGUAGAUAACAAACCUCCUUCAGCGCCUACAAUUUCAACCACAAUAGACUCGACAUCUAAUGAGGCUUUUCCCACGGACAGUAAUCAUAAAGGCUCUACAGAAGACCCACCUGAAGGAGCGAACAACAUAACGGACCCACAUAGCGUAUUAGGCACCGAGACUGUCUCCACAGCUGUAGCAAACCCAACAAGUGCUUUCAUGAGCGACUACACCACCAUGGAGCUUUUCCAGCAGAUCACCAAGGCUGCGCCUCCGGCUCCUUCCAGCUCAGGCGCAGCGUCUUCAGAUCCAGGACAGGAGUACCUUCAACAGUCACUCUCUUUGUCAGAGAAAACAAGAAGAGCUCCUGAUCAAAUAUAUCUCACAAAUGGCACUGUAAAUCCAUUUCCUUAACUGCAUAUAAAUAUGUUAAGAAACCAAUAUAUUGCCAUAAUAAUAUUUAUACAUAUAAAUAAACCUUGAG